UUUUUUUUCUCUCUUUUUCUCUUAUAUCUGUUCAAUGUCUGAUGCAAAGCAAGUCUCCUCAAGACGAUAUUGGGGUGGCAUAUUGGCAUUGUCCGGUGUCGUAUUAAUAUGGGUUACAUCAUCAUUUGCCAUGAAUAGCCUAUUUGGAGAAUUGAAUUAUAAUAAGCCAUUUUUAGUGACUUAUCUCAAUACAGCCACUUUUUCAUUCUAUCUUUUACCAUUCUUAUUAAAAAGAAGCAAGCGUUCGAAAAAAUUGCUUAAUAAUCAGAGUACAAAGACCUAUGCCGCAGUACAAUCAACAUCUACAACCACAGAAAAGCUAUCAACAGUCCAGACAAUCCAGUUGAGUCUAACCUUUUGUAUCCUCUGGUUCUUUGCCAACUAUACAACGAAUGCAAGCUUAGCUUAUACCACAGUUGGAAGUAGCACCAUUCUAUCUGCCAUGUCAGGCUUAUUUACUUUAGCAUUUGGCGUCUUGUUUAAAGUAGAACAACUCAAUGUGAUUAAAUGUGCAGCCGUACUUAUUAGCUUUCUUGGUGUCAUUCUCGUAUCUUAUUCCGAUCACAUUAAUGAUCAUACCCAGGCUUCAUCUCCACUGGUAGGUGACGUCCUGGCCUUAUCUGGCGCCUUUUUCUACGGCUGUUAUACUAUUCUACUCAAGUUAAAGAUUGGCAAUGAGGACAGAAUCGAUAUGCCUCUCUUUUUUGGAUUUGUCGGUGCAUUCAACAUCUUAUUGCUUUGGCCACUAAUGCCUAUACUCCAUUAUUUGGGACUAGAGACAUUUGAAUUGCCAAUGAAUGGUACACUUUGGGCCGUCAUCUUUUUGAAUGCGUUCAUUGGUACCUUCUUGUCUGACUAUCUUUGGUUACUGGCCAUGUUGAUGACAUCUCCUCUCGUAGUCACUCUUGGUAUUGCUCUUACCACGCCUCUUGCAUUGAUUGGUGAAAUCUUCUUUAAAGGAAUUAUACCUAACCUUCGAUAUUCCCUUGGUGCCUUAUUUAUUCUCUCAGGGUUUCUAGCAAUUAAUACCAAUGCUUUAAAGGAAGCAAAGUCAAGGAAUCAAGAAACAUUUUUGAAUUAGAAAAAAUAGCUGUGUAAAUAUCACUUUUUCUCUAUUGUAAAUAAACC